AGGCACCGACGCUCCCUUUCCAGGAGCUUUGCAGAAGCACCCGUUGCUUUACGUCGCUGAGUUUGUGGCAGAGACGGCCAUCCACGUCCCACCAGCCCUGAAAGAUGGUGAAGUACGGCCUUGACUACACGCGGUGCCGAUGGAUCCUACCCCUGCUCCUGGGCAUAGGCGUCAUCUUCGGGAUCAUUGCGCUGGCGGGCAGGGGCUGGCUGGAGUCGCAGACCUUGCCCUACGUGCACCAAGCGUCGUUGUGGGAGAGCUGCCAGAGGCCUCAGCAGGGUGGGGAAUGGACCUGCGAGUCCCUCAUGGGUUACGCUUGGGGAAGAGCUGCUGCUGCCACGUACCUGGUCGGCUUUCUACUUCUGGUCAUCUGCUUUGCUCUGGCCAUCAUAGCAUUUGCCAUUGACACACUUCGGUUCAACUUCAUACGCGGGAUUGGAGGCUUGCUUUUUGUCGCUGCUGUGUUCUCCAUCAUGGGCCUGGUCAUUUAUCCAGUAAAGUUCUCGACUGAAAUCGAAAUGACGGGAAUCAAUAUGUUCAGCUGGGCCUAUGGCUUUGGCUGGACCACCGCCAUUAUGGAAAUAUGCUUGGGAUUCUUCUUCUGCUGCCUUCCUAACUAUGAAGAUCAGAUCUUGGGUAAUGUGAAGCCCACAUAUUUUUACUCUUCCCCAUAAGCACCAGGAAAAAUGAGUUCAUAUUCCAGAGAUACCUGACAGACCAGCUACAUUUUCCAGAAUAUCGUCAUCGGAUGUUUGUAGAAAAGGCUGGAAACUUUUCAAGUGCAUGUCGAAAAACAGUACUAGCAUUCUGCAAUAAAGUUAUCUA